GGACUAACCACCCCAUUUUACACCAUUUGCAUUCACUCAGCCGUAUUAUACCUAGUACGUAAAUCAGAAUAUACAUAAAAAAAGCUCUAAACCACCGUUAACCUAUCGUCACCGUCCGCAUGAACAAACCAUAAAACCCGACCUCAAACCACGCCCCAUGAACCAAUAUAUAGACACAAUCCUACCCGUAACACACUGUUGGGGCUUCAAUAGUUUCAGUGUACAAUCCCAUGUGUUGACAUAGCCUCAAUCCCACAAAACAGUGCCCCUCCCCCCUGUUUGAGGACCCACAGUGGAAUUCAACCCCCCCCCCCCCCCUCCCUCUUUUCCUCCUUCCAACCACCUUUCCCUCCCAUCCCCUCCCCUACUUUCUCUCUCUAAAAACUCCCAUGAAAGAGAGAGAGAGAGUGUGUGUGUGUGUGUGUGUGAGCUGAGUGAGUGACAGUGUGAGGCUGUGUGUGAGCUAGCUAGGAGGCAGCUGCUGUGCUGCAGCCACAGCUCCUGUCUCCUCCUCACGAGAGAAGGGGAGACGCGAGGAGCUCGGCGGCGGCGGCGGCGGAUUGGUCGGUCGCCGGAGCGAGCACGUCGACGGCGGCUGCAGCGCCAAGAAAGCCAAGAAACCACCGGUGAUGCCGCCGCCUGCCGCGUUCUUGUUCUUGGCCUGCGUUCUUGGCGCCUCCGUGGCCGUGGCCGCCGCCGUGGCGGCGGAUGGGGACGGGGACGCAAUGCGGGAGCUGCGGCGCGCGCUGGCGCCGCCGGACUGGGGCGCGGCUGGGGAGGACGGCAAGGGAAGCUACUACUGCGCGUGGCGGGGCGUCACGUGCGCGGGCGGCGGCGGCGGCGCGGUGGUGGCGAUCGACCUGCCGCGGCGCGGGCUGAGGGGGGACUUCUCGGCGGUGGCGGGGCUCCGGGCGCUGGCGCGGCUGGACCUGUCGUUCAACGCGCUCCGGGGCGGCGUCCCCGGCGAGGCGCUGGGCGGGCUCCCCGGCCUCGAGUUCCUCGACCUGUCGAUGAACCACCUCUCCGGCGGCGUCCCGCCCUCCCUCGCCGGCGCCGUCGGGCUCAGGUUCCUCAACCUCUCCAACAACGCGCUCUCCGGCGGCAUCCCCGACGAGCUCAGGUCGCUCAGGGCUCUCACGGAGCUCCAGAUUUCCGGCAACAACCUCACCGGCGCCAUCCCGCCCUGGCUCGCCGCGCUCCCCGCCCUCCGCAUCCUCUCCGCCUACGAGAACUCCCUCUCCGGCCCGAUCCCCUCCGGCCUCGGCCUCUCCUCCAAGCUCCAGGUGCUCAACCUCCACUCCAAUGCCCUCGAGGGCGCCAUCCCGAGCAGCCUCUUCGACCUCGGCAACCUCCAGGUGCUCAUCCUCACCGUGAACCGCCUCAAUGGCACCAUCCCGGACACCAUCGGCCGCUGCUCCGCCCUCUCCAACGUGCGCAUCGGCAACAACCGCCUCGCCGGCGCCAUCCCGGCGUCCAUCGGCGACGCCACCAGCCUCACCUACUUCGAGGCCGACAGCAACGAGCUCACCGGCGGGAUCCCCGCGCAGCUCGCGCGAUGCGCCAACCUCACGCUGCUCAACCUGGCCUACAACCGCCUCGCCGGCGAGGUCCCCGACGUGCUCGGCGAGCUCAGGAGCCUCCAGGAGCUCAUCGUCUCCAGCAACGGCCUCUCCGGGGAGUUCCCGAGGUCGAUCCUGAGGUGCCGGAACCUCAGCAAGCUCGACCUGAGCUACAACGCGUUCCGCGGCGGCUUGCCGGAGAGCGUCUGCAACGGGUCGAGGUUGCAAUUCCUUUUGCUCGAUCACAACGAGUUCUCCGGUGGCAUCCCGGUCGGCAUCGGCGGCUGUGGCCGGCUUCUUGAGCUGCAACUUGGAAACAACAAUCUUACUGGUGAGAUACCGGCUGAAAUUGGCAGGGUCAAGAGCUUGCAGAUUGCCCUGAAUCUUAGCUUCAACCACCUUGUCGGGCCGCUGCCCCGUGAGCUUGGGCGGCUUGAUAAGCUCGUCGCGCUGGACUUGUCGAGCAAUGAGAUAUCCGGGGAGAUACCAGGUGAUAUGAGAGGGAUGCUGAGCUUGAUUGAGGUCAAUUUGUCGAACAACCGGCUAAGUGGCGCCAUCCCCGUGUUUGCUCCAUUCCAGAAGAGCGCGGCGUCCAGCUUUUCCGGCAACACCAAGCUGUGUGGCAACCCGCUGGUUGUAGACUGCGGGCCAAUUUAUGGAUCCAGCUAUGGAAUGGACCACAGGAAGAUAUCUUACAGGGUGGCAUUGGCAGUUGUGGGGUCCUGCGUGCUCAUCUUCUCUGUGGUGUCGUUGGUGGUGGCGUUGUUCAUGUGGCGUGAGAGGCAGGAGAAGGAGGCUGAAGCGAAGAUGGCUGAGGCGGGGGAGGUUGUAGUGGCAGCGCCGCAGGUCAUGGCCUCAAACAUGUUCAUCGACAGCUUGCAGCAGGCUAUCGACUUCCAGAGUUGUGUCAAGGCAACAUUCAAGGAUGCCAAUGUUGUGAGCAAUGGGACAUUCAGCAUAACCUACAAGGCCGUCAUGCCAUCCGGUAUGGUAGUCUGUGUCAAGAAGCUGAAGUCAGUUGAUCGUGCGGUUAUCCAUCACCAGACAAAGAUGAUAUGGGAGCUCGAGUGUCUUUCGCACAUCAACCACCCAAACCUUGUUCGUCCCAUUGGGUAUGUCAUCUACGAGGACGUCGCGUUGCUGCUGCACCAUCACAUGCCGAAUGGAACCUUGCUUCAGCUGCUGCACAAUGUCGACAACCCUGACGGUGACAACCAGAAGCCUGACUGGCCAAGGCUGUUGUCGAUUGCCAUCGAUGUCGCCGAAGGGUUGGCAUUCCUCCAUCAUGUCGCCACCAUUCACCUGGACAUCUCUUCGGGGAACGUCUUCCUUGACUCGCACUACAAUGCGCUUCUUGGUGAAGUGGAAAUCUCCAAGCUUCUGGACCCUUUGAAGGGCACUGCUAGCAUCAGUGCAGUUGCCGGUUCGUUCGGUUACAUACCUCCAGAGUAUGCCUACACAAUGCAAGUGACUGUGCCGGGCAACGUGUACAGCUUCGGGGUGGUGCUGCUGGAGAUCCUAACGUCAAAGCUGCCAGUGGAUGAGGAGUUCGGGGAGGGUAUGGACCUUGUCAAGUGGGUGCACUCUGCCCCCGCGAGGGGUGAGACACCGGAGCAGAUCAUGGAUCCGAAGCUGAGCACCGUGUCGUUCGCGUGGCGCAAGCAGAUGCUUGCUGUGCUCAAGGUCGCGAUGCUGUGCACCGAGCGCGCCCCAGCGAAGCGGCCCAAGAUGAAGAAGGUGGUGGAAAUGCUGCAAGAGGCCAAGAACAGCUGAGGACCCAGGGCAGGGACAGCAUAUCCUCUAGCUGUGAAGAUUGCUCAUGAAACGAGAAGCGUAAACAACAACCCCGUGCGGUAAUUUUUUGGCGAUCGGUUGACCGAUCGAUCCUGGUAUAUAAAUCCAACGAUGCCGUCUUCUUCGGUGUACAUAACCUUCAUUAGGGGGGGGGGGGGGGUAUCCCAAGUCCCAGCCAAACAGUAUGUAUCAUAGAUUUGAGCACAGUGGCUGCUGUACUGCUAGCAACAUGCAGAGUGGAGAAUGUUUGGUACAUUACAAAUCUGGUCGGAAACCUUGAAAAAUUCAGGCAUCCUGUUGCUCCCAUUACAUGCUGAGCUUUUGGUUGAGGUGGUUGUGCUUGUGCUUGUGCACCUAUGACCUAUUCUCUUUUCUCUCUAUCAUUCCACAGAUAGUGUAGAGUGGUCUCCUCUUCUGUAAAGUUUUUUCUUCACUAUCAAUGCCUGAGGGGAUCCCUGGCCCAUUUGGCUGUGGACCUGUUGAUGAGU